AUGUUCUCCAAAACGACCUUCCUCAGCCUUCUGGCCCCUCUGGCUCUUCAAUGCCUCGUCAUGGUGCACGCCCAAGGAGGAGGUCUUUUCGACCUCCCACCCGACGUCGUCUGCCAACUCACUCAUCAACCUUGUCCUUCUCCGUUCAUUAGCGUGCCACCUUUGAAGAAAAUCCGCGACGAUGUCGGUAAUGACGAUGGAGGGGAGUUGAAUGUGCCCACGACUUUGGUUACUGCUGUGAGGCCGGACAAGACCAGUGUUCUCCUCGUCUUGGAACGGGAGGCGGAAGGGGAAUCGGAAGCGUAG